AUGUCGAAUGCAGUGAGUACACUUUCGUGCCGCAACGUCUUUGGUUUAAACAAGCAGUGCACACCUAAUGUACUUUUCGUAGGCGACGAAUUCAUAGUCUUUUCAGCAGGUAACACCAUUGUUUCUCAUAAUAUAAAUUCACGUCAGCAAAGAAUUUUCGUUCCUACAGAGGAUGAUCCAUCUGGUGUAUCAGCAAUUGCAUAUGCUGAAGGCAAACCAAACGUUGCUUUCGGAAAUAGCGAUAUUUCUCCAGGUGUUUGCAUUUUUGAUAUUCAUUCACAACAUCCAUUAAACUUCUUACACUUAAGCGAUGAUUUCAACUCUCAGGGAGGCUUCAUUUCUCUCUCUUUCAGUAACGACGGACACUAUCUUCUCGGCCAUGGCAAAGCUCCAGGCUGGAACUUAGUUGUCUGGUCAUUAGAGUCCAACCAGAGAGUUGACAUGGUCAAGACAGCAGAAAAGGAAACACCAGUUACAAUGUGUACCUUCUCUCCUGGAAAGAAUCCGCAAAUUGCUGUUACAGGAAAUAACAUUCUCAAAAUCUACAAGUUAGAAAAUGGCAAAUUACGCGAGGUUGUCAUUCCAAAUCCAAAAAUAGGCAACAUUAUGUGCCAUUUAUGGCUAAAUGAAACAACAUUACUCUGUGCAAACUCAUCUGGCGAUAUUAUCAGCGUUACUUCAGAUCCACAGCAAUCAGUAAUCGAAUCUUGCGAUCAUCGCGAUUCUCCAUUCGUUACAAUGGCGAGAUAUAAAAAAGGUUUUCUUGCUGCUUCAGAAGGCGGCUACCUUACAAAGUUCGAUCAAUCAACAACAACACCAGGCAAAUACGUUCAAGUCGAACAAGUCAAAUUGUUCGGAGAUGAACUUCCAAUUUCUGCUCAUACGAUUGCAGUUGAUCCAUCUGAAGAGAACUGCGCAGUUUCUCUUAGAAACAACCGUAUUGUUACAGUUUCUCUCUCAAACGGCGAUAUUAUCCUUAAUCCAGAAGAAAAACCUUUAAUUAUGCCUUUCCACGAUGGACCAAUCUUCUCAUGCAGUACAUGCUGCCGUAAACCACUCAUUGCUACAUGCGGUGCUGAUAAAACUGUUCGUGUCUGGAAUUAUUUAGAUAAUUCUCUCGAGAUCUGCAAAGAAUUCACUGAAUCAGUUUACUGCGUCAGUUUCCACCCCGAUGGCCUUUCAAUGCUCAUUGGUUUGGGUGAUAAACUUGGCUUAUUCGGUGUAUUCUACGACGAUCUUCGCAAAUACAGAGAUUUCCCAAUCAGAGGUUGCAGAUGCGCGAAGUUCUCCAACGGUGGCCAGUUAUUUGCUGCCGUUAACCUCUCAAAGAUCCAGAUUUACUCCACAUUAACCUUCCAACUCAUUAAUACAUUGCACAAACACAGCACAAUUGUCAACAACCUCAUUUGGGGCGAGGCAGAUACGAUUAUUGCCUCUGUUGGUGCUGAUGGCGCAAUGUAUGUUCACAGACAAGAGAGUUCUUCCUCCAAAUCAGAAGAAAACUACACAACAAGCGGUAUCCAGUACUCCGCAAUCACUGCAUCUCCUGAUUUCACUUCUAUCUACAUUUCAGGUACAGAUUGCAUGAUCAAAGAGAUCCAAAACGGUUCAGUUGUCAGGACACAAAACUAUCCACAGUGCGAGAACUCCCCACAUCAACAGAAAGCUCUUGUUAUGUCCAACAACGGCCAAAUGUUCUUCUCCGGAUCAAAAGACGGCAAAGUCACAAGUUUCUCAUUGCCAAUCAACAAUGAAAAAUCAGAGAUUUGCUGCCACACGGGAGAAAUCAAUUCCAUGGCCAUUUCAUUCGAUGAUUCUUUGUUGUUCUCUGUCGGUGAUGAUGGUGUUCUUGCCAUAUUCACAAUCCACGACAAAGACAACAGAGUUCACACAUUAGAAAGAACUUUCUUCAGCGAUGAAGUUCUUACAACAAAAGCAGAAAUCGAAGAAAAGGCCGGCCAGUUGAGAACAUCAGAAGCAGAGUUAGUUGACUUGGAUGUCAACUUCAAGAUGAAGAAAGACAUGGCAGAGAGCACAAACAAACAGAAUGUCCAAGCAGAAAACGAAAGAAUCAAGAAAGCCAAAGAGAAAUGGCGUAUUAACAACGAAAACAUGAAGAAGAAGAAAGAUGAAACAGAUAUGAUGAAUAAAGCGGAAGACAAGAGAAUCAACAAAGAAUGGAACGACAAAAUCGCUGCAAAAGAUGACUACUAUAUGCAGGAGAUUCUCAAGAUGCACAAAGAAUGCGAAAACCUCGCGAACCAAAAGAAGGAAAUCGAAACACAAGGAAAGAAUAACCUCGCGGGCGAAGAAGCAAACUUCAAGAGAAUUAUGGAGAACAUGCAAGGCUUGCAGAGAUCCAAAUUAGAAGAGGCACAAGUAGCCCUUGAAACAGCGAAAGAAGAGAAAAGAGCUGAAGAACAAUACAUCGAAGAAAUGAAGAAAGAAAUCCUUGAAGAAAACAAGACAGCAAUCAAAGACACAGAAACAACAUUAGACAAAACUAAAGAAGAAAACGAAAAGCACAGAAGUGAUCUUCAAGAUGAAUGUCAAUCAAGAUCAAAGGACUUCAACUCUUACCAGAAACAAAUGGAACAUCACACAGCAGAACAAGAGAAACUCAAAACAUUGAUGAUGAAAUUGGAAGCGGAAUUGAAGUCUUUGAAUGAAGAAAACAGACAACUCGAAGCAGAAAUCACUCAAAGAAACCAACAGAUCAAGGAAAGAGAAACAAAGAUUGGCGAAGUUAAGAAAGAAAACCAAGAACUCGAAAAGUAUCACGCUGUUUUAACACACCAAGAAAAUAUGUUGAGACAGCAGUCAACACCUUUGGAGUCAUCCAUCGCUGAAAAAGAAAAGAGAAUUUCAGAAAUGGAUGCAGAACUAGAAAACGCUCAUAAAGAUACAUCAGAAAAGAAUGAAAGUAUCGUUGAGAUGCAACAGAAAUUACAGAAAGUCAUCGAAAGCGAAAGAAGACAGACAAAACUAUUGACAAGCGCCAGAUCUUACUUCGAACAAAUGAAGCACGAUCUUCAUGAAGUUGUUCAGAAGUUCCACGCUAAAGAUGAGUUGAAAUCAAUGUUCUUGGCUUUCUAUCAGAAGUUCAUACAGAACGAGAAGAUAGAAGACAUUCAACUCGAUGAAGCUGUCGAGGAAGAACAUAAGAGACAGACCGCAACAUUGCAGAAACAGCUCAAGGAACUCAGACAACAACAGAUGCGCGAUUCACAGUUCCAGAUCAAGGAAGAAGCAAAGGAUUUGCAUACAAAUGCUUCUCUUAUUGAGGAAUUGGAAGGACUCAGACAAGAGCACAAACAACUUCUCUCUUCAAUGGCAUUGACAAAGAAGGCAACUGGAGCUGGACAGAAGGGACAGCAACAGAUGCUUCCUGCAACAGAGGCAAACAGAAGAAUAGAAGAGAACAAGAAGAAGAUUGCUGCUUUGGAACAGCAACUCAAGCAGUAUAAUGAUUCUAGACCAUCAACAUAA